AUGUCCGUUUUAUCAAAGCCUUUGAAAAUUGCGCUUUUGCAGCUUAGUGCUGGUGCCAAUAAGCAGGCCAAUCUAUCCAAGGUCAGGGAGUACAUCGCAAAGGCCAUUAAGGAGAAUUCGUCGCUGGACUUGAUCAUGUUGCCAGAGUGCUUCAAUUCGCCUUACUCUGUUUCAGAAUUCCCCAAAUACGCUGAGAACAUACCCAAUGGUGAGACCACCAAGUUUUUGUCGGAUAUUGCCAAGGAAUAUGGUAUCUUAGUAAUCGGUGGUUCGUACCCUGAACGUGGACAGGAUGACAAAAUCUACAACACAUCUGUUUCCUUUAACAGACAGGGUGAAAUUAUUGCCAAGCAUCGCAAGGCUCAUCUGUUUGACAUCGAUAUCCCAGGUGGAAUUACUUUUAAGGAGAGUAUUAGUCUGACAGGUGGAGACAAGGCCACUGUCUUUUCCCUCCCCGACUUCGGUGCCAUAGGUCUUGGAAUCUGCUACGACAUUCGUUUCCCUGAAUUGGCUGCGAUUGCUGCAAGACCUCCCCAGAACUCGUUUGCCAUGUUCUACCCAGGUGCUUUCAACACCACCACUGGACCAUUGCACUGGCACCUUCUGGCCAGAGCAAGAGCGGUGGACAACCAGGUCUUUGUUAUUCUGUGUUCUCCUUCUAGAGACAUCACCAGCGGAUAUCAUGCGUAUGGCCAUUCUCUUGUGGUCGAUCCAAUGGGGAAUAUCAUUGCUGAGGCGGGUGAGGCUGAUGAGAUUGUGUACGCUGAGCUGGACCCAGAGCUGAUCACCAAGGCUAGGGCAGGUAUUCCUGUUACCAUCCAGAGGAGAUUUGAAAUCUACGACGACGUUGCCAAGGACGCGAAAAUAAGCGAUAUUUAA